GGAAGAGUGGAUUGUGGGCGUGCCUCGCGCAUUCCGAAGGUCACGUGAGCCUCGUUCUCUCAGCGGCUGUCGAAUAGCUCGGUCGUUUGGGCGGCCUCUUGAGUGAGAGAGAGGCUUUCCUUUGGUCCUUUGCUCGGUCGGCCUGUGAGGCGCUGGUGUGAGCCUGUGAGGAGCUCCUCUCGGUAUCGGUGUGGGUCGGUACUUGUAUCAUUGUUUGGUGAACCGAAUUCUCACUGACAGUACGAUACGAUGGCGGCCUUCAACUGCAUCUGGUGAGUGGAGUGAGCCAAGAAUGGAUGGGUGGGGCAACAACAACACGGACACACACACGCACGCACACGCAUGGGCGUGCACAUGGAUGCCUUUGCUCAUUGUCUGUGUGCCGUACUGUGUGUGUACAUGUGUGUGAUGUUUGUCACUCAGUGAGUUUUUGAACGCGAUCAACGGUCAGAUUACUGCGGCGGCGGCGGCCAACUUCGACAUGGUGACGGACGUGGCCACCGACGCCACCAUCGAACCGCUCCCCACACAGGGAGGUAAGCAGUGACGAGAGCCGAGCCGACUACACAGACACACACACACACAGAGAGAGAGAGAGAGAGAGAGCCUUGCCUUCGUCAACAUAUGAUGGCGUGUGUGCGGUGUGGUCGGUGUGGCUGUGUCAUUUGAUUUGACCAGACACUGCUGCCGUCAUGACGCCGGGCACAGUGCUGCUCACCGUGCUGCUCAUCGCCUACCUCGUGCUGACAUUCCAGGUGUGUACCGCCCCGCCCCGCCCACACACGCGCGCACUGGAUGGAUGGAUGUGUUGUGGAUGUCUGUGUGUGUGUGUGUGUGUGUGCAGCGUGGCGGCUCAGGCGGGGGGAAGCCCAGCGGGGGCGGGAGGGGCACACCGCCCCCCGGGCCCUCGCCGGACCCCAUAUUCUAGACACGCACACACACCAUCACACACACGUCACAUCACAUUACUCCACACCACACCGCCCCACCAUGGUGGGUAGCUAGCUCGGUCCGGCUUGCUCGUUUCUCUCUCUCUCUCCCCCUCUCUCUGUCUCUCCCUACCUCUGAGUGAGUGUUUGUCCUACCUCGUUGUUAUCCUGGCCGUCCUGUGCGUGCGUGUGGACGUUGUGCGAUGAAAUGGAAUCGAUGGAGUGGGAUGGGAUGCGGCCGGCUUCUACCGUUUUUGGCCUGGCUGCCUGGCUGGCCGGCUGGCUGGCUGGCUGGCUGCGUCAUCCCAUCGCGAACGACCAUGAGAGUGCAAGUUUUUCUUUUGCUGUGUGCUGUCUGUCUGCCUGCCUGCCUGCCUGCCUGUCUGGCUGUGUGGCUGCAUCUGCACCUGUCCGUGCGUGGGGCGAUCGUAAAUACGACACACACACAGCUAGAGAGAGAGAGAGGGACAGGCGCGGAGAGAAGGAGGAGCCUUUCAGGCAGGCAGACAGACAGGGCUGGCAGAUGGGAGGCUGGUGCUCAGCACUCGGCUCACACACAAGCAUAGACAGACAGAGAGACAGACAAAUGGGGGUCAAAUGGGACUCUCCAUGUGUGUGUCAAUGUGCGUGGUUCGUUCGAGACUCUGUGUGUGUGUGUGUGUGUGUGUGUCGCGCCCUACCUAAUGAUGAUGUACAGAUACUCUCUGUCCUUUGCUGUCCCGGGCGGCGCUGCUUGGCGGCGUCCGACGCCGGCAACUGGUAGACAGUGAGCAGCGGCACUUAGCCAGCCAGACUGACGGACACGGGCGCACACACACACACACACACACGGCGAACCACACACAACGGUCACAGACAGCCAGACAGACAGACAGGUGCGUCUCUCACUCACUUACCCUUGUCGACUUGUAAUAUGGGAUGGAUGGAUGGAUCCAGGUGGUUGGUUUACUGUCUGGUUGUCUGUCUGCCUGCCUGCCUGCGCGUGUGUGUGGGUGUGCGUGUGUGCGUGUGUAGCGCGGGCAGUGAUGCAGGGAGGGAUGCGGGGAGGCGGGCAAUAACGUACGACCCACGUUCCGUACGCACCGAUGUGUGUUAUAUACCAUAUAUACUAACUAGUGUACAGGUGAGCGUCUGUCGAGCGUCCCUGGCAUGGCUGAUGUGCUGGUGGUGUGGCGGAUGAGGGUAUGGAUGGAUGGAUGCGCCCUUUUUUCGUCUGCGGGUGAAAGGAAUGUCCGUGUGGCGUGUAGUCCGAGAGAGAGAGAGAGAGAGAGAGAAGUUUGCCCGCACAUGGACAUGGGUGAUGUAUGUGUUGGUGACGGUGUGAUGAUGGUGCCGUUGGUGUGUGGUGUUGGUGUGGACGGACCUGUCUGCCUGCCUACGUCAUGUCAUGAUGAAGGCACACUAUAUAGUCUAUACGCAACCAACGGGCCCACUCCACUGGAUGAGCUUAGCUCUUGUUGAUGGGAACCAUAAAAUCACCGUCUCUUUAUUUUAUCGUUCCGUGACAUCCGAGUCAGGCCGGGCAAUCCAUCCAUACAUCCACCACGCCACCCCCCCAGUCACCACCCUUUAGUUGCUUACCGUGCGACAAACGAACAGACAGACAGACAAACCAGGCAGGCUCUUCAGCACAUCCAGCCACUCCAUAGAAAUACCCACACACGCACACGCAUUGACAACAAAUCUAUAGACACAGGUGGACAGCCAGACAGACAGCCAUGCAGCUGAGUGGGCGGGUGGAACGCCGUGAGUUUGGUUACUUAUGUGUAUGUAUGUGUGUGUGUAUGUGUGUGCAUGUGUGUGAGGGGUGUGUGUGGUCCUCUGAGAGCGGUGUGUUGUGUGUGACGUAUCCGGCUUGCUCACCAUACCACGACAAAUGAUUACACACACCACGCCCCACACACAGGCGCCGCCUGCCGCAGCACCCGCCCACCUCUCGAACUCACACACACAUAUAAUGCAGAUGGAUAUAUAAAAAACACAAACAAAGAUUCAGAGGGAAAGUAACCUCGACAUUGCAAUCAGUCCACACACUAACAGCCAUCCAUCCAUCCAUAUGGACAGGCAGACAACAGAGAGCGGACCGUAUACACACUAGAAAUGAGCUGGGCGGCUCCUCCUCCCGCUGCUGCUGGUGCUGCUGCUGAUAAAAGGAAAACGCAGCGAGGCCGGCAGAACAGAAAGGGAAGGAAGCUGAUGCACGGCGGCACGGCUCUCUGUGUGUCUGUGUAUCUCUGUGUGUCUGUGGGUCUCUGUGUCUGGGGGUAGUGGGUGCAUCCUUUAUCGAGAAUCACUGUGUGCUGUGCUGU